GUUUCCUAUCACGUGACCAGAGCGAGAUUAACUCCAUGCCGAUGGCCGAGAGAAAAAGAAGGAAAACAACUGAAUUUAUUUUGUCGUUGUAGUUGAAUGAUGGCAGAGGCCAGGAAGAUAAAAACAGAUGACCUGCCACCAGUAUCAGGAGGAUUUGACCUUGGAGGUCAAGCAGCUCCAAUGUACAGUACUUGGACACAGUUUAGUGGAAUGCCUAUACAUAAUCAAAAUGUUAAUGAGCAAGCUGGAAUGUUCAACUGGGAUGCCUUCACCCCUCCAAGUAGUCCAUCAACAUAUGAUCAAGCAAUAGACAGCACACAGAUAAACAAAGAUCUAUUAGCCAACAUUCAAAAUUUACUGUCUGUCAAUCCCACAACAGCAUCUUUUGAACAUGAUUUACGUGCAACAGAUCCAUCACCACACAGAAACUUAAGCAUGUCUGAUGCAAGCAGUGAUGGAAGAGACAUUUAUGCAGAUGCAUAUAAUAAUUGGAAUUCAUUUUCACAAAGUUAUGACCCCUUUGGAUCCCCUACAGUCAUUUCUAAAUCUAAUGGUGAUGUAUCUAGUACCUUUAGUUCAGGAGACCAACAGUCUAGUAACAAAAUGACUUAUUCAGACGUUGCAAAAACAUUAAAAGGAAAACCUAUGCAAGCACCAAAGGACAAGGAAGAGACAGAUUCCUCUAAAAAGAAAACUUCCUCACCAUUUCUAUCUGCAAAGCCAUUCAAGCCUAUCAGAAAGCCAUAUUAUACCAGACAAGGGUCAAAAGGCCUUAUAAAUAAUAAACAUUCAGAUGAUAUGGCAUCCAAUGUCACACCAGAUUCUAAGUAUGGUCUUGACCAGUUUGAGGAGUUUGCUGUGAGUCAGGACCAACGUAGUGAUAGUACAGAAAGUAUCCCACGUGUUUUGAGUAGAAAGGGGAGCACAAGUAGUGUUAGUAGUGGAACAAGUGGAAUCGAAGAGAUACAUUUGACCAAACCUGCCCCACAGAGUUAUUCAACAAAAUCAGACACAACUGAUGACUUCAAACUGCCUACUAGACCAGCAGAAACACUACACCCUAACAAACCUUUUUUUGAUGCAAGAAGGAUAUUUCAAUCAAAGACAUCCAAAAAAUCCACAUCAGGCAAGCCUUCUCAUGACAAUGCAACCGUUCUUAAUAAUGGAAAAGUAGGAAGCAAAGCGUCAUCAUCAGCUCACAAAAAAUCAACAGACAAUAUUUAUAUUAACAAUGAUCUAAGUGAUUCUUACAAAAGAAACAGUGCUCAAAAUAGAGAUGGUGAAAGUAGGAAACAUGAUAACUAUGUACAGAAUGGGAAAAUUGAUAAGAAGUCCAAAUCAGACGAAAGCAGUAAAGACAACAAAGGGCAUUUGCCUUUACAAUCUCCAUUUGAUCAAGAAUAUAUAGAUGAAUGGAUCAACUUUCUGUUUGAGAAGUCCAAAGCGUUUGUGUCUUUCAUAUGGUCAGGCUUUAUAACAGUGGUGUUACUUCUAUUUGGAAUAAUAGCAUACCUAGUCAGUAAUAUAGUACUUUAUGUGAUAUGGACUUGGGGGAAAGUGUCACAUUUUGUUAAGACAAGAAUACUGAACAAAUAUUUCAAACGGUUUUUUAAACAAUCUGAAUUGGAAAGGAGAAAACUUGGAGUAGAUGAAAAUAUAGCUUUACCCUCAACAGGUUCAGAGGCCAUGCAGAGACUUCUAGCUUGUAAAGGAAAAGACCCUUACAGUAUUUUAGGCUUACAGUUUGAUUGUUGUGAUGAUGAUAUCAGGAAAUAUUACAGAAAACAAGCUAUUUUGGUACAUCCUGAUAAAAACAAGCAGCCUGGUGCAGAAGAAGCUUUUAAGAUAUUAGGACGGGCUUUCAAAUUGAUAGGAUCUACUGAUCUGAGAAUAAAGUAUGACACAGAAUUCAGACAGGCAGAUGAAGCUGAAGCUGCUAUGAAGGAAUUUAAUGAUCUGUUGACCAAACUGCAAGACAAAAUGCAAGAGGCUGCCAAUAUGAUGCGUUGUGAUAAUUGUGGAGGAAAACAUAGGAGAGUUUUUAUAGACCGACCAUGGUAUAGUUCCAGAUUUUGUAAAAGGUGUAAUGUUAGACAUUCUGCCAAAGAGGGUGAUGUUUGGGCUGAGACAACAAUGUUUGGUUUCCUAUGGCAUUACUAUGCAUGUAUGGAAGGAAAAAUAUAUGAUAUAACUGAAUGGGUAGCCUGUAAGAAAGAUUUCUUUAAACAUAUGCAGGCUAGUGCCCACCAUGUGUUCUAUAGAAUAGCCACGGAAGGAAACAGGGGAGGUGCACAGCAAGGCAGGGCUGGUGAAGCAGACUUGGAGGACUUUAUCAAUAAUCUGUUCCAACAAGCAAUGCAUACAGACGGCAAUACACAAUGGCAACCCCCACAGCCUUCACAACCAACCCAGCCUUCCUCAGCUCCAGGCAAGAAAACAAGAAGAAGAAAGAAAAAACAUUGAAAUCAAUUGUGUGCCCCAUCCAUGAUCAAUAUAGUAGAGAAAUGUGCCAUGUAUACCUAAUAUAGUGGCUUGUUAUUGUUUACUAAAUUUAUAUAUAGUAAUAAGUGAUUUGUUGUUAAGAUUUUCAUUGUUAUCAACAGGUAUACAUUACAUUAGAAUUCUUCUUUUUGUAUUGUUCAAUUUUUUAUUUUUUGCUCACAACAAAUUUGAUUUAUAAUGGAAAGUUACAAUUGCUUAAAGUGUCUACUUUAUUUUACUCUUUGACAACAAAGUUUAAAUCCAUAUUUUGAAUUAAAAACAAAUCUUCUCUCAACCUAUAAAUUUGCUGAUGAGAAUAGAGACAUAUAUAUGAUACAAAAAUGAAAAUUUAGAAAGAAAAAUAAUGCUUUUAGUGAGUUUUUAAAGUUCAGUAUGGAAUUGACAUCAUCUAACUAAAUUAUAACUAUACAAUCAUGGUUAAAUAUGAUUUUGAUUUUAUAUGAAAAUAUUGUUGUUAAGUUUGAACGUCUUUUACUCUCAAAUAAUUUAGGUAAAUGCAUAUCUCAAAUUGUUUUAGGGGUAUUUAACAUUCAGCUUUCAGUCCUGUUUAGAUUCAAGAACAGGAGAUAUUACCUACCUAGAAUAUCUGUAGUGGUAGGUUAGAUCAUUAAGAUGUGCAUUCACAAUUAAAUAAACAUAUGAAAGAAUUUGGACAAAGUACCUAUGAUAAAAAUGUAUGUGUAUUGAAGUGGUUUAUUUUCAUAUUUCAUUUUCUAGACCUUAGGUAGUUAACUUAAGUACAUGUAGAUGACAGGUAGUUUUAUUUUGCUACACAAUGAAUUUAAUGUCUAGCAAACUACAUUUAUUUUGUUAUUAUCGUUAUCUGGCUUCCUUCUCUAAAGUUUUUAAUAAAUUUGUAAAAGAUUAUACCUGACCGAGACUUAAGAAUCUCCAUUCAUUCCUGUUUAAAAUUAUAAUUUUUAAGACCAUCAUUGAAUUAAAAUGCACAUUCUGUCAUUGGAUGUACUCAGAAUUGUACACAACCAUUACUGUCCAAUCGAGAAAAAAAACAUGCUGCUAUUUCUUGUUGACUAUUUUGUAUAGACAUGGAAGGGAUUGCCAUCAGCAUUUUUCUUUCAGAAUCAUACUUGAUAGCAAUAAUAAUAAUGUAAUCUUGCCAAUAACUGGUUUAGUUUUUGUCUCAUUGAAACAGUGUUUAAAUUUUUCUAUUCCAUAAUGCCAGAAUAUUUUUCCAUUAUUUUUUGUUGUUAGUAGUUAUUGUCAUUAAUUUGAAUGAGUUUUAGAUAAUACACACCACUGAAAAUGGCAAUAGUUUUAUUUCAAGGAUUGUUUGAUAUAGUGUUGACUUUCUGUUAUUACCAUGCAAUAAUGUAUUGGUACAGUGUUAUAUAUAAAACUUUAAACCUUGCAUGGUUUACAACAGGUUUAUAUGACCAUAAACUGUCAUUGUGAUUAUUUCAGGUUCUUUUACUUUUAAUGGUAGAAUAAACAGCUGCACCAUGAGCUCUAGAUAUACCCAUCUUUCUUUUACAUACCACCACCUAUGAUAGAUGACAUAAUUUUGGUAUGAUGUGAACAAUUUGAAUUGUAUGCUAAAUAAGAAUUUGACCAUGAUUUCAUGUCACUGUACAUAGAAAUAAAAUACAAGCAGAUAAUUUAUAAUCAAGUUGUGGUAGCAUCUCCUUUUGAUUUGAAACAAAAGCUUUAUAUGUUUUCUGGUGCAAAAUAGUAUAAUUUUGUUAUUAGAGCUAAUGAAGCAAAAUUUAAUUAUUUUAAAAAUGUGCUCUAAAUUGUUGAUUGUAUAAUUUUACUCUGGGAUGACAAAUUGGAAAAUAGUCAAAAUUGUAAAAGAGCUUGCCUUCAUGAAUAGAAUGUAUAAAGUUUUGCAGUGAUCUGUAAAAACAGGUGAUCCUGAGACAUGCUCAUAUGGAUAAUGAGAUUCCAUAAUGUAUCACUUGUUUGGCAGGUGUUUUUUACAUAUUAAACAUUGAUCACUUAUGUAUUUUACACCUUUAAAUAGUCUAGUUAGCCUUUUUUACUGAAAAGAAAAUAGACACAUCAUAGUGACUACCAUUUUGUUAAAAAAAGAUUCCAGUGGUGUAUUGAAAACCAAAAAUAUAUUGAUAUUAUUUUAGUUUAAUAGCUAGUAUUUAGCCUAAUUAACUAUGUUAUUUGCUGUAAACUAUGAUUGUUUCAUUACAUGCAGUAUUGUAAAUUCCAAUCUACUCUUAUAUUCAAUACUUAGUAAAUUAUUGUACAUCCUUUACACAUUCUUAGUUACUCUUAAUUAAAAAUAGAACAAUUUCAAAUUUUGAAUAGGGCAAGUUGUUUUUCAAUGACCAGUUUAUAUUCAUUUCAUCAAAAUGUUAGUCCACCUCUGAUGAUUUCUUUUUUACAGAAUUGCCAAGUUUGUAUUAAGCAGGCACAAUGUAAUGAAACUUCCAAAAAACUGGCUGUUUUGAUAAUUACCCAAAUAAAUAAACUAAUUGUACACUCACUCAAGCAUAAAAAUGUUUGACAGUACAUGUAUAUGAUAUAAGAAUAUAUUGCUUGGCCCUCAGCAAAAUGAACGAUUCAACCUCGUUGUAAAAGCACUCUAAAAAGCUGUAAUAUUUUCAUCAAUUUGAAACUCUUAAUCAAGAUCCAUAUCUAGAAAAUUGCUUUUGUUUUUUUAGAUUCCUGACAUUUUAUUAUAAUUUGAUUAUAUUGAUACUAAUUAUGUUUUUACUGUUGUUACCGUAUAUAUUUCUCACUGAUAUGUCAUGGUAAUGGGGCACAACCUGUUAGUGUAUAUUGACUAGUAUAUAACUAUGUAACACUCACUUGUUAGUGGGUUACUAUAAAGCUUUGAUGGUGAGGCAGUGGAUCAGUAUUUGAUAUGUUUGUUUGCUUUUUGAAUGGUUUAAGAGGAGACUCUAUUUAUUUCAUGUUGUUUUCAUACAUGUCUAUGUAAAAGACACAUUUGCCAGAUAAACAGCAUUUUCGCAUAUCAUGUUCUAGGUUAAAUAAAAUUUUGACAAUAAAGUUAUGCAAAAAGCAAA